CGUCAUCAAUUUAUGCGUAAAUACACAAGCGGAAACGAAACGGCGGCCAAUUUUGAGUUUAUCACAAAAAAUAACAAAUAAAGAUAGACGUUAAAGAAUGGAACUUACUGUUUUGAAAAACAACAUCGUAAAGCUGAAGUCAGAGGAGGUUUACAAAUCUUUAGAAAAAUGGUCCUUCUUGAACAAAAAAGAAAUAAAAGAAUUGCAAGAUGAUAUCCGCUCAAAGUCAAAAAUGUCUAAACGGACACUUGCAGUUGAAAUUGCGGCAGUUUGCAAUGAUAAAGAUGGUUUGACAAUGGAUAAAGUGGGAGAACUUGAAUUGAUAUGUUUACAGAUGCAUUCUACAAAGAGACAAUGGAGUGCCUAUCAUCUGUCAGAGAAACAAGGGUCAGCCAGUGUCACUGACAGUAUUAAAUCACCAUCCAAGCUGAGACUACAGCUCAUAAAACAGAUAAAAAACUAUUUCCAUAAAGGUUGUAGUGUAUCAGUGGUAUUACAUGAAGGGUUGCUAUGGGGACGGUUAUACUUACCGCUGCCAAAAAAGAAGAGUUACCAACCAACACGAUGUUUGUACUUUAUCUACUAUCCACACUCUCCCAUCAUUAUUCUCAGUGGUAUGAAAGUGGGAUUUGCUGAAUAUAUAUCACAGUGUUUUGUGGUUGCUUUUGGUUACAAGGAGUUGACAGAACUUAGUUUGACAGGGCACCAUUACCCUUCACUAGCAGAACUUGCAAUGGACAAAUUUUCUGAGGGUGGAUAUACAAAGUACCAACAAACUCACAGGUUGGGAGGUCCCCUCAGUGAUAUUACCUACCGGAAACGGAAAGCACCUGCCAUGUUUGAACAUGAGAAUAUCAUAGAUACAAACAGGGGAGAAAAACGACGAAGACUAGAGAUCCUAGAUGAAAAUUUCAGUGAAAAUGUGCAGCCUACAUUAGAAAAACUGGAAUACAGGGUAGAGCUACCAUACAGAUGUAAAGAAGUUGCCCCAGACUUGAAGAACGAUGGUAAUUUGUUCCACAGUAGAGUUCGUUUUCGCGGUGCUAGUGUUUUAGAAGGGUUGAGAAACCUUGCAGCAGCAUCUUAUGCCACAGUGCCGUUACCAAAACAUUUGACUUGUGUACCGUCAAGAGCUAGGAACACGUUUUUAUUAGGAAAACAGCCAAAAACUGUUACUUCAUCACAAAAUGAGACUCAAAAUCAGUCCCGGCAAAAAUAGAGUUGGUGCUGUGUUUGUCAAUAUUUUGCCCAGUUGAGGAAUUUGGUGCUUGUGAAAUUAUUUUAUAGAAAUUCCUAAGUCUGAAGUGAGACAAAUUUGCGUUUAAAAAAAAAUUUCACAACUUAUGACUCCUGUGUUAUGAAUCCUUCUUUUCCCUAAUAGCAAUACAGAUGAACUUAUUAUUGGUAAAAUCUUAUUUUUUAAACUUUUUUCUCAGGAGAAUAAAGUUUAAUAAAGUCUGAAAUUUUGACAAAAGAUAAACUGUUUAUUGAAAGUCCUGGAUCUUAGGCAAUACGUAAGAAUGUAAAUAAAACGCAGUAAAUUUGAAAUAAUAGUUUUCUCAGACUAUAGGGACACAGAACACAAGAUGCUGUUUAAAUGUAUUUAUGUUUUCCCCACACAUUGAUUACGCUAUAUAUUACAUGUAUAUCAUUUUUAACAAUAUUUCUUCUGUCAUGAGUUUAAAUAUUUUAAAAAUUUAAACAGCUUUCCUGCAUGAAGUAUAUAUUUUAGUGGCAUCUAUUUUUGUUUUAAAUUUAAUAAUAGAAUUUGAAAAUGAGGAAUCAUUGAAGAAAAUACAGAUUUGACUUUUUCUUUUAAAAUGCUCAUAUUAUACAUGUAUAAUGAAAGUUUACUUUUAAAUUUGCAUAUUUUUUUUUAAAAAGUUCUGAUUUUUUUUAUCUGAAAAUUUUACCAUGUACCUUUAA